AUGGCAAAUAACAAAAUACAAUGUUUUACAUGUAAUGAAGACAAAAUUACAUAUUCCUGUAAAGGAUGUUCAAAAGAAUUUUGUUUGAUGGAUUUAACAGAACAUCGUCAAAUAUUAAACAGUGAAUUACAUUACAUCACCAAUCAAUAUAAUGAAUUUAAACAAACAUUUAAUGAACAAAAACAAAAUUCACGAAAUCAUUCAUUGAUGAACCAAAUUAAUGAGUGGGAAAUAAAAUCGAUUGAAAAAAUUCAACAAAAAGCACAAGAGUAUAGAGAAAUGUUCAUUAAAUUAUUACAAACAUGUAUUAAUGAUGUUGAAAUGAAAUUUAAAGACUUGAAUGAACAAAUAAAACAAUUCCAAAAAGAAAACGAGUUUAAUGAAAUUAAUUUAGACUAUUUAAGAAAUGAACUAGUAGUAAUUACACAAGAACUAAAUAAUCCAUCAAAUAUGUCUAUCCAACAAAAUUUGCAACCAUUUAUUAAUGAUAUUUCAAUCAUUUUAUCCAAAAAACCAAUAUUCAACAAAUGGAAGCAAAAUGCCAUCACCGUAGCUGGUGGAAAUGGAUUUGGGCAAGAACUAAAUCAAUUUAAAACCCCGCGUGGAAUAUUUAUUGAUAACAAGAAACAUAUUUUCAUUGCUGAUGCUGAGAAUCAUCGUAUUGUUGAAUGGAAAUAUAAUGCAAAAGAAGGAUUAAUCAUUGCAGGUGGAAAUGGCGAAGGAAAUCGAAUGGAUCAAUUGAAUUAUCCAACAGCUGUGAUUGUUGACCAACAAAGUCAUUCGAUCAUUAUUGCUAAUGGUAAGAACGCCCGAGUGAUUCAAUGGAUGAAUAAAAAUCAGCAAAUUCUCAUUGACAAUAUUAUCUGUUUGGGCUUGGCAAUGGAUAAACAUGAAUUUCUUUAUGUUUCUGAUGUUGCGAAGAAUGAAGUGAGACGAUGGAAAAUGGGUGAACACAAUGAAGGAAUUGUAGUUGCAGGUGGAAAUGGAAAAGGGAAUCAACUCAAUCAACUUGAUCGUCCUACUUUUAUCUUUAUUGAUGAAGAUCAAUCUGUUUAUGUAUCAGAUUCUUUCAAUCAUCGUGUGAUGAAAUGGAGAAAAGAUGCAAAAGAAGGAAGAAUUGUGGCUGGCGGAAAUGAUAAAGGAGAAAAAUUGAAUCAAUUAUCUUCACCUCAAGGAGUAAUUGUUGAUCAUUUUGGUCAAAUCUAUGUAGCUGAUGGUGGGAAUCAUCGAAUAAUGCGUUGGUGUGAAGGAAAAGAAGAAGGUGAAAUUGUUGUUGGUGGAAAUGGUAAAGGAAAUCAAUCAGAUCAAUUGAAUGGUCCCACAGGUUUAUCUUUUGAUGAUGAAGGAAAUCUUUAUGUUGCUGAUCGUUCAAAUCAUCAAAUUCAAAAAUUCGAAAUAAUUUUGU